CUGAUCUGGUCACGUGAGUCCCUCGGGUCAACGGGAGGGGGGGGACAAACAUGGCAGACGAGGUAAGGGAGGUAAACACAGCUGUUGAUGACCAUGCAGAAAAACAACAGCCAGGUGAGCCUGAAGUUUCAGCCCCGGAGACUAACGUUGAGUCCGAUGGCAGCAGCGGACAGGACUUGGCGGAGAGGUCCACUCCGGCUCCGGAGAACAGUUGGUCGGCUCCUAUUCUGUCUCUGGCUCGGAGGGCCACGGAGACGAUUAGCAGCGGGAUGAGCUACGCUGCUGCGCCGAGAAAGUCCUCUCAUGGAUCCGCUGCAAGCUCUCCGACCGAGAACGAGCCCGAAAAUGGUCUCAACAACACUUCAAAGAAGCUUCCCGUUCUGCCCCCUAAAGACCCCAUGGCGAUAGAAAGAUCCAACCUUCUUAGCAUGAUGAAGCUGAGCGUCAAAGUUUUAAUUCAGUCCUCCUUGAGUCUGGGCAGGACUCUCGACUCCGAGUACCCCCCUCUAAUGCAGUUUUUUGUUGUCCUCGAGCACUGCCUCAAACAUGGGCUUAAAACCAAGAAGUCCUUCAUUGGUCAGAACAAGUCCAUUUGGGGACCUCUGGAACUUGUAGAAAAAAUAUGUCCAGAAUCUGUCAACAUUGCCACGAGUGCCAGAGACCUGCCUGGCAUCAAGACAGGUUUAGGGAGAGCACGGGCCUGGCUGCAUUUGGCGCUUAUGCAGAAAAAAGUAGCAGACUAUAUGAAAGCCCUGCUAGACCACAAGGACCUCCUGAGUGAGUUUUAUGACUCUGGAGCAUUGAUGAUUGAGGAGGAAGGAGCAGUGAUGGGAGGGCUGCUGGUGGGCCUCAAUGUCAUUGACGCUAAUCUCUGUAUUAAAGGCGAGGAUCUUGAUUCCCAGGUGGGAGUCAUUGACUUUUCCCUCUACCUUAAAGACCCCCCAAACAGUGAAACUCCACAAGAUGAUGCCAAGAUGACAGCCAUAUUGGAUCAGAAGCACUACAUUGAAGAGUUAAAUCGCCACCUAAGUGGCACAGUCACCGACCUUCAGGCCAAGAUGGACUCUCUAGAAAAGACCAACAGCAAACUUGUAGAAGAGCUGACAGCAGCAACAGACCGAAUCAACUCUCUGCAGGAAGAACAGCAACAUCUUAAAAAGGAGAAUGAUUCCAUCUUACAGUCCAGCCAGAAAAAGGAAGAGGCAGCUCUUCAGGACAGCAAGGUGGAGCUGGAGACAUACAAGCAGACUCGGCAAGGCCUGGAUGAGAUGUACAAUGUGGUGUGGAAACAGUACAAGGAAGAAAAGCGGAUUCGCCAGGAACUGGAGCGGGAACUUGAGCUCCAGGUGGGCUUGAAGCAGGAGAUGGAGGUGGCCAUGAAGCUACUAGAGAAGGAUACCCAUGAGAAACAGGACACACUUGCAGCCUUACGACUCCAGUUGGACCAAGUCAAGACUCUUAAUGUUCAAAUGUUCCAAAAAGCUCAGGAGUCAGAACGACAAGCUGAAAAAAAACAGGCAGAGGCUGUGCAGCUUGAGCAGAGGAUGAAUGAAAUGGAGAAAACAAUGGUGGAGCUAGAGCAGAGACUACAGAACUCAGAGCGAGAGCGCAAACAAAGUGACCAGUCAGACCAAGACAUGAAGGUGGAGCUGGAAGGAAAAGUAGAUGCUUUGCAGAAACAACUAACAGACCUGGACACACUCAGGUUGGGUUUGGAGAACGAGCUGCGCACUGAGAGAGAAGAGAGGCAAAGCUUGCAAAAAGUUCUCCAACGGGAACAGGAUAACAGCGCAGAACUCCGCACUCAGCUGCAGCAGCUGCAGGGGCUGCACACGGAGCUGCAGGAUUUGAAGCAAGAGAAACAGCAGUUGCAGCAGAGGUGCGAGCAGCAGGAACAGGCACUACAGGAGAUGGGACUGCACCUCAGCCAAUCUAAACUCAAGAUGGAAGACUUUAAAGAGGUCAACAAGGCCCUGAAGGGCCAUGCCUGGUUGAAAGAUGACGAAGCCACUCAGUGCAAGCAGUGCCACAAGGAGUUCUCCAUCUCACGCAGAAAGCACCACUGCAGAAACUGCGGAGACAUCUACUGCAACAGUUGUUCCAGUAAUGAGCUGGCCUUACCCUCUUAUCCUCGGCCUGUGCGGGUGUGCGACGUCUGCCACUCGCUCUUGCUGCAGAGAAGCUCCUCCACAGGUUCCUGACAACGUUCCACCAGCUUUCUGCAAAUGCUUCAACACUGCAUAAACUUAACCAAUAUGAUUUUAAAUGCUUAAGUUAAUUAUACAUAUCAAACCUGAUUUGGGGUUCCAUUGGUAGUUACCUGAAAUUCAGGUAAAUAAGUAAAUCUUUGCUAAACAAUGGCCACCUCUUUUAACACCGAUCAGCUAAUUGAUGCCACAGACGUGAUUUAGCAAAAACACAAAGUUUCACCUGUCAGUGUUCUGUUACUAUCGACUAAUGCUGGUUAAACAAUUUGGUAAUCUUCAUAAACUGACUUCUUACUGUGAUUUUUCUAUUUCAAAAAUGUGGAUGUUGGUUUGUUGAGGUAAAAUUGAGAUUACUGUUGGUUUUUCAGCUUUUGCUGAGGAUCUUUUGGUAGCCGGUUUAUAGAGAACACAAGUACUUUGUUUCGAUAUUUAACUUAGAUUUUCUAACAGCUAUAAUCCCAGCUGAAGCUUGUGUAAAUCGCUAGAAUGUGGGAAAAAAUCUAACUACUUUAGAAUGUAUUAUAUUAAGGUUUUGUGGUUUUGAAUGACAAAGCCAUUUCCAGAAUUUAGGAAUAGUGACUGUUGUUUUUUUUCCCCUUUUUUUGUUCCUCCAAUCUUGAUAUUUGAUACAUGAAUAAAGCCUCCUGUUUUUCUAAUUGAUGUUUCAGUUACCGUAGAUAUUCCAGACUAGUUUAUUCACUUUGUGCACAGAAAAUACAAAUAGCAUUUUGAAGCGGUAAAAACCUUCAAUGGCAACAGAUUUUAAAUUCAUUUUCUCUUGAUGCAGCCUUCAUCCACAACUGCUCUAACAGUCAAACUGUAGAAAAAAAACACGCUUGGACCACGUGAAGGGUCAAAUUCAGAUUAACAUCUUAACUGGAAAC